AUGGCUCCGUCUAUUCGCACGCUCGAUCUCAACAACACAUCGUCUGCAUACUUUGCGCCAGCGACUGUGACUUCAUCAUCGAAACUUGUGCACGUGGCCGGCCAGCCCGGCUCGACCGUAGACGGGCAAGUCCCCGACGACUACGAGUCCCAGAUCCACCUCGCUCUCCUCAACUUGCGCAAGAUCAUCCUCGUUGUUGGUGCAUCCAUCAAAGACAUUGCAAAGCUCACUCUGUACAUCGUCGACUAUGAUAGCACCAAACGGAAACACGUUCGCCACAUCCAACGUUUCCUCGCCGGCCAUCGGCCAGCAAUGACUCUCGUGCCGGUGCCUAAGCUGGCAAUGCCGACAUGGAAGUUCGAGAUUGACGCCGUAAUCGCAGUUCCCGAAUACUCAGUGUCUUUGGACAGAGCGACUCUGCCGGAAUCAUCGGAGUCAGUCGACGUCGUUAUCAUCGGUGCCGGGCUCGCUGGUUUAAGCGCUGCGCGCGACAUCACACGCGCCGGCCUCUCUUGCAUCAUCCUUGAAGCAAGAGACCGCGUUGGCGGAAAGACUUGGAGUCAGCCUCUAAAGCAAAGCCAGCCCGGAGUAGUUGACCUUGGUGCUGCAUGGAUCAACGACACCAACCAACAUAGGAUCUAUGCGUUGGCAAAGCAAUAUGGGGCCGAGUUGAUUGAGCAGAACACGAACGGCAACGUGGUCAUGCAGGACUUUGACGGAGUUUGCUCGCCUUUCCCGUAUGGGGAGCUUCCCAUGUUUGAUGAGAUUACUCGUCAACACCUCGGCGCCGUUCGCGACAUGGUCGAAGCCGACUGUCAAGCCGUAGACACUUGGAAGCCAAUGAACACGAGCUUGGAUAGUCUCACCUUUGACGCAUACUUGCGCUCUCGGGGCGCCAGCGAGACUGCAAUUGCAACGUCCAAUGUAUGGACCCGCGCAAUGCUUGGUCAGGAGGCGACCGAUAUAUCGGCUCUUUUCUUCCUCAACUACUGCAAAUCUGGUGGUGGACUUUUGCAGAUGCGCUCCGAUCGCAAGGGUGGUGGCCAGCAUCUCCGCGUACGCCAAGGCACGCAGCAUUUUGCCAGGGGCCUGGCCUCCUCUCUCCCUGACGGAGUAGUGCGCCUCAAUCAACCCGUCCGUGCCGUGAUCUCUGAUGGUCACCAAGGAGUGAAGGUUCAGACAGAGAAAGGGGUAUUGGCAGCACGCAAAGUGAUCACAACUAUUCCAGGCCCAGCUCUCAAGAGCAUCUCAUUCGAGCCACCCUUGCCGCUUUCCAAGCAGGCGUGGAUCGAUUCUCUGACUUAUGGCUACUAUACGAAAGCAAUGAUGGAGUUCAAAGUGCCGUUCUGGAUUGAAAAGGGGUUUUGUGGUCUCGCACAAUCAUUCGUGGGGCCUGCAAGCGUCAUUCGCGAUACCAGCAUUCCAAUCGACGGCAAGCACGUGCUUACAUGUUUCCUUGCCGGUGAUGCUGGCAGAGCUUGGUCUGCACUUGAACAAAGUGACAGGGAGAAGAGGUUGCUGAAUCAGUUAGAGCAGCUCUUUGGUCACGAAGGUAUUCAUGACCAGUUUGUUGGCAUGUCCGCUUAUGAGUGGGUCAACGACGAGUGGUCUGGAUGGGGCUGCCCGUGUACGUCUCUUGCGCCUGGCGUUCUUGACGCACUCGGUGGCGAUUCUUUCAGAAAGCCAAGUGGAAACCUGCAUUUUGCCGGUACCGAGACUGCGGGAGAAUGGAAGGGGUAUAUGGAGGGUGCGGUUAGGAGCGGUGAGCGAGCAGCUUCUGAGGUUUUGGAGUCACUUUCAAGUGCUGCUAGUGCGUCACGACUGUGA